CAACCUAACCUAACCUACACAAAAUUGACAUAUGCCUGAGGAAAAACGUCCCUGAAACAUCAUAACAUAACCUAACACUUCCUAAACCUAACCAAACAUAACGCAACCUAACGUAACCUAAUCCGACCUAAAGUUACCCAACCUAACCUAACCCAACCUAACCUAACCUACACAAAAUUGACAUAUGCCUGAGGAAAAACGUCCCUGAAACAUCAUAACAUAACCUAACACUUCCUAAACCUAACCAAACAUAACGCAACCUAACGUAACCUAAUCCGACCUAAAGUUACCCAACCUAACCUAACCCAACCUAACCUAACCUACACAAAAUUGACAUAUGCCUGAGGAAAAACGUCCCUGAAACAUCAUAACAUAACCUAACACUUCCUAAACCUAACCAAACAUAACGCAACCUAACGUAACCUAAUCCGACCUAAAGUUACCCAACCUAACCUAACCCAACCUAACCUAACCUACACAAAAUUGACAUAUGCCUGAGGAAAAACGUCCCUGAAACAUCAUAACAUAACCUAACACUUCCUAAACCUAACCAAACAUAACGCAACCUAACGUAACCUAAUCCGACCUAAAGUUACCCAACCUAACCUAACCCAACCUAACCUAACCUACACAAAAUUGACAUAUGCCUGAGGAAAAACGUCCCUGAAACAUCAUAACAUAACCUAACACUUCCUAAACCUAACCAAACAUAACGCAACCUAACGUAACCUAAUCCGACCUAAAGUUACCCAACCUAACCUAACCCAACCUAACCUAACCUACACAAAAUUGACAUAUGCCUGAGGAAAAACGUCCCUGAAACAUCAUAACAUAACCUAACACUUCCUAAACCUAACCAAACAUAACGCAACCUAACGUAACCUAAUCCGACCUAAAGUUACCCAACCUAACCUAACCCAACCUAACCUAACCUACACAAAAUUGACAUAUGCCUGAGGAAAAACGUCCCUGAAACAUCAUAACAUAACCUAACACUUCCUAAACCUAACCAAACAUAACGCAACCUAACGUAACCUAAUCCGACCUAAAGUUACCCAACCUAACCUAACCCAACCUAACCUAACCUACACAAAAUUGACAUAUGCCUGAGGAAAAACGUCCCUGAAACAUCAUAACAUAACCUAACACUUCCUAAACCUAACCAAACAUAACGCAACCUAACGUAACCUAAUCCGACCUAAAGUUACCCAACCUAACCUAACCCAACCUAACCUAACCUACACAAAAUUGACAUAUGCCUGAGGAAAAACGUCCCUGAAACAUCAUAACAUAACCUAACACUUCCUAAACCUAACCAAACAUAACGCAACCUAACGUAACCUAAUCCGACCUAAAGUUACCCAACCUAACCUAACCCAACCUAACCUAACCUACACAAAAUUGACAUAUGCCUGAGGAAAAACGUCCCUGAAACAUCAUAACAUAACCUAACACUUCCUAAACCUAACCAAACAUAACGCAACCUAACGUAACCUAAUCCGACCUAAAGUUACCCAACCUAACCUAACCCAACCUAACCUAACCUACACAAAAUUGACAUAUGCCUGAGGAAAAACGUCCCUGAAACAUCAUAACAUAACCUAACACUUCCUAAACCUAACCAAACAUAACGCAACCUAACCUAAUCCGACCUAAAGUUACCUAACCUAACCUAACCGAAACUAGGCUAACCCAACCAACGCAACCUACCAAACCCAACAUAACCACUGGGUUGAUAUUGUUGUGACCUUAGCAUGACCUUGACUUAUCCGUGACCUCAACUUGACAUGAGUAUGGUGAUUACAGGUCGUCAGAAAAAAUGUUGAGUAAUAUGACCUUAAAAAUAUUCAAGGUCUCUAUUCCGCAAACCCUUGGGCUGGUAUUGUCGUGAACUUGGCAUGACCUUUACCUAUCCGUGACCUUAAAUAUACAUUAGUAUGGUUACUCACGUAACUACAGUUCUGCACAAAUAAGCGUAAGGAAAAGAUUGAUUUGAAAUGACCUUGAAAAUCUUAAACUCGUUUAUUCGGCAAACCCUUGGCCCAAUAUUGUAGUUACCUUGACAUGACUUUGACCUAUCCGUGACCUCGACGUGACAUGAGUAUGACCAUUCAGAGACCUACCGUUCGGCAGAAAUAAGCAUGACAACAUAAUCACAUGGUUAACCAAUUUCGAGAAGCUGGUCGAAGGAAUUCUCUGAUUUGUAUGAAAUCCUAAGUUCACCUAUCCAUCGCUCGGGUGACGUUAGAACCGCGUUCUAUAGAGUUAAUAUCCUUUCCGAUAAACGUGUCUGGUAAAAAAGAAUUAUACUUUUUACGCAGGAUAAUUCCAGAAUAAUUACUGGCUACUGGUUAGUCGACCAGGGGCAGGGACUUUCCUUUACUGUGAGUGAGUUCGAGGCCGUUUCAUUGGGGCUAAAGUAGAUGGAGCGUACCUCAGGGCGCACAGAUUAAUUUUGUAAUUAUACGGUGUGAAAUUGCAGGAUGCGUUCUGCGGGGGAACGCUGAUCGACCCCCACUGGGUCCUGACAGCCGCCCACUGCGUCAGAAAACGUCUCUACGUCAGGAUGGGCGAACACAACCUAGACGAAAAUGAAGGCACCGAACUGGAGUUCCGGGUGGAGCGGGCUGUGACGCACCCUGGCUACGACGCCGAUACGGUGGACAACGACGUGGCGCUGCUCAGGCUGCCCGCCGAGGUGCGUCCCGACAAAUACUGGGGCUUCGCCUGCCUGCCCCGUUACAAACAGGAACUGCCACCCGCACAGCAGCUGUGUACGAUCAUUGGCUGGGGGAAAAGGCGCAGUGGAGACCCGUUCGGAACGGACGUCCUACACGAAGCGACGGUGCCGAUUGUGGCCAGCAACGUUUGCAGACGAGUGUACAUGGACUACCACAUCACGGAAAACAUGUUCUGCGCCGGGUACGAGAAAGGACGCAAGGACUCCUGCGCGGGCGACUCGGGAGGACCGCUCCUGUGCAAAGACGACAGGAACCGCUGGACCAUUUUUGGAAUAACGAGUUUCGGGGAAGGAUGCGGGAAGAGGGGAAAAUUCGGCAUAUACACGAAGUUGCCUAAUUACGUGAAGUGGAUACACUCUUGGAUAAACAAAGUGUGACUCUUUAAUGGUUUAUAAAUUUGAAUGUAAUAAAUGCACGAUACUGCCAUGAACUAUUACACUUAAUAAAGAUUUUUUUUCUAAAUA